UGUGGGUGAACACGGUGUGGGAUAUGGAUUUCACGGAGACCGAGCCUCUGGAGCCUUGCAUAGCGGAGGAGCUCACGGCCGAUGGGCUCGACACCUUCACCCGCCUGUACAGCGCUCUGGCGCCCUUUGCUGCCGGACACCAGGAGAGCAGAGAGAAUGUGUGGACCUUGUUUGCUGAGAGCAGCGUGUCCCACCAGGCCCUGGUGGCUGUGCUGCAUCACUUUGUGCACGUGGGCCAGCACAAAAGAGCCAACGCACAGCAGAGGGUGUUUGCUCUGCACUCGGCUGGGCUCUACCUGCUGCUGCUGGAGAUGCCAGGCAGCAUAGCCAACCGGAUGUUCCACCAAGUGAUGUUUGAUAAAUGUCUUCACACCCUGACAAAAUGCUGGCCUCAAGAGAUAAAGAAAAGGAAGAAGGGACAGUCUCAAAGCUCUCAGCCCAAUGCCAGAAGGAACAGAAAGAAAGGGAAACCAAGCAGGAACAACAGCGCCAGUAUGGAAGAGAUGUUGGAAGAGGAGAAGGAAGAGGAUGAUGAGAAUGUUUACCUCUCAACAGAAGAUCUUCUCCAAGUCCGCAAUGCCGUCUUCCUUCUCUUGAAAAACUUCCUGAGGCUUCUGCCCAAGUUCUCCCUAAAAGAAAAGCCUCAGUGCAUUGAGAACUGUGUGCAGGUCUUGGUUGAGAUGACCAGCUUUGAGCCAGUGCUCCACGAGUUCCAGUUUUCAGCAGCCAUGGAUGUUAAUAAAGCCAAGUACAUUCCUGAGCUGGCCUGUUAUGGACUUCACUUACUGUGCUCCCCUCUCCACAGCACAGAGCAUAAGGAGGAGUUUGUGAAAUGGAAGGAUUGCCUCUUCUUUCGGUUCGUCAGUGUCCUGGUGGAUCCAAACCCAGAUAUUGCCAGGUUUGCAGAGUUCUGCCUGGUGCAUCUCUUGCUGAAGAGGAACCCUGUGAUGUUCUCCCAGCACUUCAUCGAGUGCAUCUUCCACUUCAACAGCUACGAGAAACACCAGAAGUACAACAGGUUCCCCCAGAGCCAGAGGGCGAAGCAGCUCUUCUCUCUGAAGGGGAAGGAGAACAAGGAGAAGAGGAUGAGGAUCUACACCUUCCUGCUGGACCAUUUCACGGAUGAGCAGAGGUUCAGCAUCACCACCAAGAUCAGCCACAGCAUCCUAGGGAGCAUCCAGAGCUGGCUGAAGGAGUCUCAGUGUCCCCUGGAGGUGAUCAGCCCGGCCGUGGAGACCCUGCAGAAGCUCUGCCAGGCCUCUGCAGCUGCACCAGAGGAGGCACAGGAGCUGCUCAACCAGGUGUGUGGAGAUUUGGUAUCCACCUGUGAGAGCUACAUCUCCAACAUAGUCCUCAAAGAGGAUGGAGCAGGGCAGCUGCAGGAAGAUCUCUUGGUCAGACACCUCUUCCUGCUGGGAGAGGCUGCCCAGCUGUGCCCAGCCAAGGUGGACAAACACAUCUUCCUGCUGGUCCAGUCCAUCCUGGCCUCUUCUGGCAGCAAGGACCAACUGUCUGCUUGCACAGACAGUGAGGAGAUGCCCAGCUCCCAGCCUCUGUCCCAGUUCAGGGGCUCAGCCAUGCCUCCCGUGGUCAGGGCUCACGCUCUCAUCACUUUGGCUUGCUUUGUGGAUGAGAUCCUUCCUUUGGACCUAGAAGGCAGUGAGCUGCUCUCAGAUACAUUUGCAGUGCUCAGCUGCAAAGAAAUCAAGCUCUCAAGUAUGAGGUCCAAACCUGACGAGGACAUCCAGGCUGAUGAAGAUGAGAUGGCCAUGGCCAAUGCUGUCAUGCAGGUGGCCCAGAAAAAGCUCAUUUCACAGGUUCAAAAGAAGAAUUUCAUCGAAAACAUCAUCCCAAUAAUCACAUCACUCAAGUCCUUGAUGGAGCAGAAGAGGAUCCCAGCUCUCAAGGACCUGAUGAACUGCCUGAGGGAAAUGAUGCAAGAUUACCGAAACGAAAUCAAAGACUUCUUUGCUGUGGACAAGCAGCUGGCAGCCGAGCUGGAGUAUGACAUGAAGAAAUAUGAAGAGCAGCUGGCCAGGGAGAAGGAGUCAGAGCAGGAGCAGCUCCCAGCAGCCCACAGGGAGCAGACUCCAUCUCUGGAGAGAGCUGCAGCUCCUGGUGGCCAGAAUGAUUGCAGUGCUCAGCCCUCAGGGGGUGGGCGGCCAUCGACACCUGGCUCCAUCCCUCCCCCUGGCCCCUCUGAGUUUGCCACCCCUCGUGCUGAGGCUCUGAAACAGCCGCUGGUGGGUCGCAGAGACCAUGAAUGAGUUGACUUUUGGUGCUGGGGUCAGCUACAUCAGCCUGAUGCACACACCCCAUUCAGCUCCAGUGAAGAAAGAGGCUGAGGAUGGGCCAAGGGAUAUCAUCUGUUUGACAUCGCCGGAGAAACCCCCCUGCCGGCCCAGGGAGUGGAAGGUGGAGUCCCCAGCCCAGAGGAGCGGCCAGGCGGGGUCCCUGCGGCGCUCCCAGCGCAGAAACCCCCGGAGGGCAGACACCUGAGAGCGGCACACUGAGCUGCACACAGCCACCAGGCUCCUGAACUGCCCCUGAGCUGUGGAUGCUCAUCCUGCCCUGUCUGCUCUGAGCUGGCUCUCCCCAGAGCUGCCCACAGCCACCAGCCUCCUGAACUGCCCCUGCACGGCCCCACCGAGGGCAGACACCUGAGAGCGGCCCCCAGAGCUGCACACACCUACCAAGGCUCCUGAACUGCCCUGGCAUUGGAAACGGCUGUGGAUGCUCAUCCUGCCCUGUCUGCUCUCCCCAGAGCUGCCCUGGAGAUGGGCAAAGCCUGCAGAGCACAGGGAUGGGUUCUAAGUGCUGCUCUUCACGCUGCAGGGUGACAGGAGAGGGUGGCUUUUCACUCUCUGGAUGUGUAAUUUGUCCAUUUGGAAAAGUAAGGGCAUAAUGUCACCACGAGCUUGGCAAUAAAUUCAUUUAUCACAGCUUGCAGGGCAGUGAGUGGCUGGGUUUGCUCACCCAAUGCCUCAUUGUCCCUCUUGGUUUUAUAACAGAGUUGCUUUAAUUUGAAAAAAGGUGAAACAGCUUGUCACUGCCACACCCCUAAAUCUGGUAAUUGCACGCUACAUCACCUCUUAUUUGUUGUGCAAACUCCUGUGUGUAUGAACAGCCUUAAUGUUCUUUUUAUAUGGAAUAUUUCCAUUCUUGAACUGUGUUAUUUCCAACUAUUAGCAUUUGAUGAAAAUAAAUGGUUGCAGAAUUAAUUCCA